UAACGGUGAUAAUGAAGUUAAACAUCCGUAGUAUCGUAGUCACGAAGAGAAAAAAAUAAUGGAUAGGAGAUGUCUGUUGUCGAAGGUUGUAGUACGUAAAAUGUAAAUGUCAAUGAAAAAGAUACGCUUUUUCAAUUAGUACUGCAAGUCAUGCUGUUAAACGUUUAUGUUCGACGAAGUAAACCUAAGAAGACAUUAGCUGUUUUUCUUCUAAAUCAUUAGCGCAAAAGUCCACACAUGGAGCCGAUAUGUAUGAUUAUUUAUUUAAAGAAGAAAAUUUGGUUUAAGUGUUGUAUUUACGAAGACUGUUUAUGUGGUUUGUCAGGGAAACUCGAUGAAGUUGUAAAUAAACACCACGACGGUAUCACUGAUACAUUAUGGGAUGGAACCUCGACAUGUGCAUUUAAAAUAAAGUCAUUACAUGUAAAUAGUUUUGGUGAAGAUAUUCAGGCUUGUAAUGUUAGCGAUGAAAAGAUCCAAAGAGUCAACACCAUUAAGUUGAAACUGGAUGGCUAUGUUUUAUCGGCACUGACAGCUUCAUUAAUCUACUCAAAAAUUUAUAGAAAGAAAUUCACAGAGAAGUGCGGUGUAUACUUAGAGGAUAGACUGAAGCAAUCCCAUGUGAAGAGUCCACUAUGCGUUAUAGUGAACCUCAUACCAGCGAAGCGAGAGUUACUUGAUUACCGGUGGAAUGACAGAAUGAUCACACUUGCGACAGAGAGGAGGGAACUUGAGAAUGCAAUGUAUUGGUUAUCAACAUUAGGCGGUGCCUUCUCAGCCUUGGGUGAUGAAUUUCAGCACUGUGCUGUGAUGGCUGGCCGAAUAUCUGUUGGCCAGUUGUGGCUUGCACUUCGCCUGGGUGAUGCUUUGACUGUGGCCCGCUGUAAGUUGUUUUUGGCGCUCAGUUUGAUGCAACAGGGCAGACUGAGAGCUGCUCGUCAGCUUGUGCUGCAGCAAUACAUUGUUGCCAAGUCUGUGAAAGAAGUGGAUCCGCGACUGAGCAGAAUGUGCCAAGGGGUGUGGGCAAAGCUUCGGUAUGCGUACCAGCAGAGGCACAACAGAAGAAAAUCCAAAUCCCGACAAGCUUAAAUGAAUAGCAGUUAACGAAUUUAUUCACACAUCAGAAUUAUGAAACAGUGUUAGGUUGCAAAUUGUUACUUGCGUCAUACAAAGGAAGAUUUUACUACAUGCAAGUGUUUGUAUUAAUUUCAUUCCACAUGUCACUAAUUUUUUUAUGACGGAACUGUGAAACAAACAACAAAAUAAAGAAGCUGUAGCUUCGUACUGAUAAGAGUAAAAACAAUUUUGCUGGCCUUCACAGUACUAUGGUUGUGUUUUGUAACUGCAGGAUAAAAAAAUUUGCACAGUAAACAUAAUGGUUUUACAUAUCA